AUAGUAGAACCUCUAAACUCACUCUUUCCACGUGGAGUCACGUGAUUCGUUCUGACUCGUCAUCCAGCAACUUGUAUUUGUCCACGUGUCACAUCUUCCACAGCGUGCUUUUCGUGCACCCGCAGUUACCGGUACCGCCAUUUUCACCAUCUUCACACACUCGUUUCACUUUACCGAUCACACUUUUUUCCUCAGACGAAUAAUUUAUGUGAAAUUAACUCGCGGAGAAAUUCUCAGCUGAUUUCUUUUCAAUGGCGACGAAGUCUCUGGUUAUUCUCUCGAUUUUUCUCUGCUUGAUCUGCUCGAAUAUUUCACCAUGUUCGUCGAAAUCGGAAGAAGACGAAGAUCUCAGUUUCCUGGAGCAGCAGGAGCAGAACGACGCCGGGAAAUUGGAUGACGGUGCUCACCCCUACGGCCACCCGCGCGACUACGAGAACUACGACGAUCUGGUGGAGGACGACGAGUCGGCGGCGGCGUACGCCGACGAGGACGGUGGAUACAGUUCGGCGGUGGUGGACGAGACUCAUGUGGUGGUUCUCAAGGAAUCGAACUUCACCGAGUUCGUGCAGAGGAACAGGUUCGUGAUGGUGGAGUUCUACGCGACUUGGUGCGGCCAUUGCCAGGCUUUGGCGCCGGAGUACGCGGCGGCGGCGGAGGAAUUGAAGGAUGAGGCGGUGGUGCUUGCGAAGGUCGACGCCACGGAGGAGGCGGACCUGAGCCAGAAGUUCGACGUUCAGGGGUUUCCUACCAUUUACUUCUUCGUGGAUGGGGUUCAUAAACCCUACCCUGGUCAACGAACUAAAGAUGCUAUAGUUACUUGGUUGAGGAAAAAGACAGGUCCUGGUUUACACAACAUAACAACAAUUGAGGAGGCAGAACAUAUCCUGGCGAACGAGGACAAAAUAGUUUUGGCCUAUCUCGAGAGUUUGGUGGGUCAAGAGAGUGAGGAACUUUCUGCUGCUUCAACUCUUGAAGAUGAAGUUAGCUUUUACCAGACAACAAUUCCAGAUGUGGCAAAGCUCUUCCACAUUGACCCACUUGUCAAACGCCCAUCAUUGGUCAUUCUUAAAAAAGAAGCUGAAAAACUUACUCGAUUUGGUGGUCAGUUCACUAAAUCUUUAAUAGCUGAAUUUGUGUACGAGAACAAGUUUCCUCUUCUCACAAAUUUGACUCGGGAAAGUGCUCCCGUGGUGUUUGAGAAUCCAAUAAAGAAACAGUUGAUUCUUUUUACAACGUCCAAUGAUUCGGAGAAAUUUUAUCCCAUAUUCCAAGAAGCAGCGAAAUCUUUCAAGGGAAAGCUUGUAUGUGUUUAUGUGGAUUUGGACUACGAAGAUGUCGGAAAACAAGUUUCAGAAUACUUUGGCGUGACCGGUGACGCUCCAACUGUUAUUGGAUAUACCGGAAAUGAUGAUGCCAGCAAGUUUCUAUUGGAUGAUGAAUUAACCAUCGACAGCAUUAAGACUUUCGGACAGAAGUUCUUAGACGACAAUCUUAAACCUUUCUACAAGUCCGACCCUAUUCCAGAAGACAAUGAUGGAGAUGUGAAGAUAGUGGUUGGCAACAACUUUGAUGAAAUUGUGUUGGAUGAGUCUAAAGAUGUUCUUCUCGAGCUAUAUGCUCCAUGGUGUGGCCAUCCCGAUGGUUUCCCUACGAUUCUUUUCUUUCCGGCUGGCAACAAGAGCUUCGAUCCGAUUACUUUUGACAACGACCGAACUGUAGUAGAAUUCUACAAGUUUCUUAAAAAACAUGCAUCAAUACCAUUCAAGCUUCAAAAGCCAGCACAGAAGAAGCACACUACUGUUUCUGAUACUACUGAGGAAAGCAGCAGCAGCAGUAGUUCUGUGAAGGAUGAACUGUGAUUGCAUUUAAGGUCGUGUUUGGCUUGAGAAGCUCGAUUGUUGUAAACGAGAUUCAUACACUUAGAAAGCGGAUCCGCGAAUAUGGGAAACAACCAAACAGCUUCGAUCAGGUACUAGAAAAUUUUGUGAUACUCAGUUUUACAUACAGUAGAAAAGACAAUGAUGAAAGACCGUUUUCAAUUAAAUUUUUAAUAUUAAUUUUUAAGAUCAAUUAUGUCACAUG